GCACGACGACAGCAUAUAUACACCAACGUAUAUGAAUUCAUCUUCCUUUAAUAUUUUAGCCUUUGCAUUCAAUACUUGAAAAAUACUACAAGAUAGCCUAAAGUCGGAUACACAGUCUUUUCUAAGAGUGAAACACAACGAGCACUGCAACAUGGCGUCUGAGAAGCUGCUUGCUGCUGAGGCACAAUGGCGAGAACAGUUUGCUGCAAUGCAGGAUGCAUUGAGCUCAUUGAAGCUUGAUACACAGUUAAAUUCCGUGGAUGAUCUCGACUUUGAUGAUGCCGACUUUGAAGGAUACUCUUCUGGCACCAGCGGCCAGGACGUCUGGGAUUUCAUCUCUGACGAAGACGUAGACACGUUUGGCAGUGAUUCUGUCGAAGAGCCAAUGCAUGAUCAAGACACAAGCCCAUAUGGGGCUGCUUGGCUACGGCAAAAGAGUUUUGACAUUGCUAGCAAGAAUGGCAUGACACCAGAUGUCUUUGAAGCUCAAAUCACCAGCGUCCUCGGGUCUGGUAGGUCUGAGGAUGAGCUCCAGACACAGUUGACAGAUCUCGUAGGAUACGAUGAUCUCGACUUUAUUAUCGAUUUACUGAGCUACAAGGACCAAAUCCUUGCAGCGGCUAGCCAGCCACAGGAUCAGGAACCUUCUGGUCGACUCUUGUCAAAGGCAGAGCGAGAGGAGCAGCUACGUCAGAGAGACUACCAACAUAAGAACGCCACUCUUGCUCCUAGCAUUAAGCGGGAAGCUCAGUACCCUCAUGUUUAUCGAGCGUAUAAUGCCGGCAACACUCUGAGUUCUUCUGGCAAGAAGUACGGCCUUCCUGUUGGUAGUGAACGCAAACAAUUCGAAAAGUACGAAGAAUACUCUGUGCCGGCUGGAAAGAAAGGAGUGCCUGGUCCAGGGGAGAGGCUUGUUAAGAUUUCAGAAUUGGAUGGACUCUGCAGAAACACCUUCAAAGGCUACAAGACGCUCAACCGCAUGCAGAGUCUGGUCUACCCAGUUGGCUACAAGACAAAUGAGAACAUGUUGAUCUGUGCACCAACUGGUGCUGGUAAAACUGAUGCAGCCAUGCUUACUAUUCUUCAUACUAUUGGACAGCAUGUCUUUCCGAACCCGAUGGAAGAGCUUCUCGCGACUGAAUUUUCGGUAAAUGCAGAUGAUUUCAAGAUUGUAUAUGUCGCCCCGAUGAAGGCAUUGGCAGCUGAAGUCACUGAAAAGCUUGGAAAACGCCUCGCCUGGCUUGGAAUUAAGUGUCGUGAGUAUACUGGUGAUAUGCAACUCACCAAAUCCGAAAUUGUUCAGACACAAAUCAUUGUUACGACGCCGGAAAAAUGGGAUGUUGUCACAAGAAAAGGAACUGGCGACACUGAGUUGGUUCAAAAAGUUCGUCUUCUCAUCAUUGACGAAGUCCAUAUGCUCCAUGACGAGCGUGGUGCUGUGCUUGAAUCACUGGUAGCACGUACCGAGCGCCAAGUAGAGAGCACCCAGUCUCUCAUUCGAAUUGUUGGUCUUUCAGCCACGCUACCAAACUAUGUUGACGUAGCAGACUUUCUCAAGGUCAACAAGUAUGCUGGUCUAUUUUACUUUGAUGCCUCAUUUCGUCCAGUACCACUGGAGCAGCACUUCAUCGGUGUUAAAGGCAAAGCGGGAAGCAAACAAUCAAAGGAGAAUCUGGAUACAGUUGCUUUUGAAAAAACAAAGGAAAUGUUGGAGCGUGAUCACCAGGUUAUGGUCUUUGUCCACUCCCGCAGGGAUACGAUGGUAACCGCGACAAUGCUUCACAAAAAGGCAACGGAGCAAUUCGCCCUCGACUUAUUCGACCCAACUAUGCACCCCAAGUUUGAGCAGGCCCAACGGGAUAUCAAACAGUCGAGAUCCAAAGAAAUCAGAGAUCUUCUGUCUAAAGGUAUCGGUGUUCAUCAUGCCGGUAUGGCAAGAUCUGACAGAAACCUAAUGGAACGCCUCUUUGCCGAUGGUGUCCUGAAAGUUCUCUGCUGUACUGCGACGCUUGCAUGGGGUGUGAACUUGCCCGCCGCAGCAGUUGUCAUCAAAGGCACACAGGUUUAUAGUGCCCAAGACGGUAAAUUUGUUGAUCUGGGCAUUCUUGAUGUCUUGCAGAUCUUUGGUCGUGCUGGUAGACCGCAGUUCGAAGACACUGGUAUCGGCAUGAUUUGCACUACCCAAGAUAAACUUCAGCAUUAUCUGACAGCGAUUACUGAACAGCAACCAAUUGAGUCCAAGUUUUCGACCAAGUUGGUUGAUAAUCUCAACGCCGAGAUCUCACUUGGCACUGUCACCUCUAUUCCCGAUGCGGUUCAAUGGAUUGGUUAUUCUUAUCUUUUCGUGCGUAUGCAAAGGAGUCCAAUCACGUACGGCAUCGAGUGGUCUGAAAUUCGCGACGAUCCAACUCUGGUGCAGCGCCGAAGACAACUCGCAAUCCAGGCAGCCAAGACCCUCCAGCAAUGUCAGAUGAUUGUUUACAACGAAACUACGGAAGAACUGCGAAGCAAAGAUAUUGGACGUAUUGCAAGCCAAUAUUACAUCUUGCAUACCAGCAUUCAAGUCUUUAACCAGAUGAUGCGUCCUCAUGCAACAGAGGCCGAUAUUCUCAAGAUGAUUAGCAUGAGUGGCGAAUUCGAUAAUGUGCAAUCGCGAGACACGGAGGCCAAGGAACUUACACAUCUCAAGAACGAAGUUAUUCCUUGCGAUGUCGAUGGAGGCAUUGACACACCACAAGCCAAAACGAACAUCUUGCUCCAGUCGUACAUUUCUAGAACACAGCCAGAAGACUUCGCGCUGACCAACGACAUGAACUAUGUCGCUCAACAAUCAGGCAGAAUUUGCCGCGCCCUCUUUAUGCUAGCUCUCAACCGCCGCUGGGGUCACCAAUGCCUCGUUCUGCUGACUCUUUCCAAGUCUAUUGAAAAACGCAUUUGGCCAUUUCAGCAUCCCUUGCACCAAUUUGACCUUGCCAAGCCACUCUUGAAUCAACUUGACUCCAAGGAGAAUUUGACAAUUGAGGCUAUGAAAGAGAUGGAGCCGGCUGAGAUUGGUGCUUUGGUGCACAACCAUGGCGCGGGCAAGACCAUCACCAAGAUCUUGAACUCGUUUCCCACAGUGCAUGUAGAAGCAGAGAUUGCACCAUUGAAUCGUGAUGUGUUGCGCAUCAAGCUUUAUGUGAUUCCUGACUUUUCUUGGAAGGAUCAUGUUCACGGCACCUCAGAAUCAUUCUACAUCUGGGUCGAAAACUCAGAGACGUCAGAGAUCUAUCACCACGAGUUCUUCAUUAUCAGUAGGAGAAAGCUCCAUGACGAUCAUGAACUGAACUUUACUAUUCCGCUUUCCGACCCGCUUCCCACACAAAUUUACGUCCGAGCAGUGUCCGAUAGGUGGUUGGGUGCUGAGACUGUGACGCCCGUGUCAUUCCAACACUUGAUCCGGCCCGAUACAGAGAGUGUAUACACCGAUCUGCUGAAUUUGCAACCUUUACCCAUCUCCGCGCUCAAGAACCCUGGCCUAGAGGAACUCUACGCGCAGCGAUUCCAGUUCUUCAAUCCUAUGCAAACACAAAUCUUUCACACCCUUUACAAUACAGCUGCAAACGUCCUCCUGGGAUCGCCAACCGGAAGUGGUAAAACCGUUGCUGCUGAGCUGGCAAUGUGGUGGGCAUUCCGAGAGCGGCCAAAGUCCAAGGUUGUUUAUAUUGCCCCGAUGAAGGCCCUCGUCCGAGAGCGAGUAAAGGAUUGGGGCGUGAGACUGGCCAAGCCGCUUGGUCUGAAGCUUGUUGAGUUAACUGGUGACAACACUCCUGAUACUAAGACCAUCAAGGAUGCGGACAUCAUUAUCACGACUCCUGAAAAGUGGGAUGGUAUCUCUCGUUCGUGGCAGACCAGAGGAUAUGUCCGACAAGUCAGCCUGGUCAUCAUUGAUGAGAUUCAUCUGCUCGCUGGUGACAGAGGUCCAAUUCUCGAGAUCAUUGUCUCUCGUAUGAACUACAUUGCUGAGUCGACGAAGAACGCGGUUCGCCUGUUAGGUAUGUCAACCGCCUGUGCCAAUGCUACAGAUCUUGCGAGCUGGCUGGGUGUCAAAGAAGGAUUGUUCAACUUUAGACAUUCGGUCAGACCUGUUCCUUUGGAGUUGUACAUUGACGGGUUUCCUGAAAUAAGAGGUUUCUGUCCGCUGAUGCAGUCCAUGAACCGCCCAACAUUCCUUGCCAUCAAGAAUCACAGUCCUGACAAACCAGUCAUUGUCUUUGUGGCAUCUCGUCGACAAACCCGCCUCACUGCCAAGGAUCUAAUCAACUUUUGCGGCAUGGAAGACAACCCAAGAAGAUUCCUCCGCAUGGAUGAAGAGGAUUUGCAGCUGAACCUUGCCAGAGUAAAGGACGAUGCUCUCAAGGAGGCAAUCAACUUUGGUAUCGGCCUCCAUCACGCCGGUUUGGUUGAAUCGGAUCGCCAGCUCGCCGAAGAGCUGUUUUUGAACAAUAAGAUUCAAAUCCUUGUUGCAACCAGUACACUUGCUUGGGGUGUCAACUUGCCAGCCCAUUUGGUAGUUGUCAAGGGAACUCAGUUCUACGAUGCCAAAAUGGAGGGUUACAAGGACAUGGACUUGACUGAUGUCCUUCAGAUGUUGGGUCGUGCUGGUCGCCCGCAGUUUGACAAUUCUGGUGUCGCUCGCAUCUUUACGCAAGACUCCAAGAAGGACUUUUACAAACAUUUCCUGCACACUGGCUUCCCUGUCGAAUCAUCGUUGCACACAGUCUUGGACAACCAUUUGUGUGCUGAAGUCUCGGCCGAGACAGUCCUCACCAAGCAAGACGCACUGGACUACUUGACAUGGACGUUCUUCUUCAGACGUCUACACAAGAACCCAUCUUACUAUGGCUUAGAGAUUUCUGCUGAAGAAAACAGCAGCAUAGUUGCUCAGCAGGUGGCUAACGAAUACAUGAUUGAGCUGGUAAAUAAGUCCUUGGACGAGCUCGCCGAAUCUAGCUGUGUCGAAGUCUUCCCUAAUGGCGAUGUCGAUCCUACGCCUCUUGGAAAGAUUAUGAGUUACUACUACUUGUCUCACAUGACAAUUCGCCAUCUGAGUAAGCACGCCAAAGCGGGCGCCGAGUUUGUGGAUGUUCUCUCUUGGAUGUCUCGCGCUUCCGAGUACGACGAGCUUCCUGUCCGUCACAACGAGGAUCUUGUGAAUGAAACUCUAUCUCAAAACCUGCCAUUCCCGGGCCAUACAUUUGGACUGCCUAUGUGGAGCCCACACGUCAAGGCCUUCCUGCUUCUACAAGCUCACAUGUCUCGCAUUGACCUGCCUAUCACCGAUUAUGUUGGCGAUCAAACGAGCGUCUUGGACCAGGCCAUCCGUAUUAUUCAGGCAUCUAUUGACGUCUUGACUGAGAUGGGCUUCCUCUCCAGCUGCUUGCAAAUGAUUCGACUCCUUCAAUCUAUCAAGAGUGCCCGAUGGCCCACGGACGCUCCCGUGUCUAUCCUUCCCGGAAUAGAACCCGAAACUUGCAAGGACGUGACACCACUAUCCAAGGUCAGCGCUAUGGAGCCCCAGGAGCUCUCGAAGCUUGCCAAUCGUCUGAAUGUGCCCAAGGGUGUAUUCACCCGUUUCUCGCGUGCCGCCUCUAUGCUCCCUAACAUUAGUGUUUCGAUUGGAGACAAGACAGCACUGUCACUUGCAGUGCAUAUCAAACGUCACAACGCUUUAGUUGAUCGAGAGGCUCGAAUCUACGCCCCGAAGCUACCUAAGCCGCAAUCUGAGGGCUGGUUCAUCGUUGUCGCUGACGUUGCCAAGGACGAAGUUAUUGCAGUGAAGCGCCUCGCAUGGGGCUCGCCAACAGCUACAGGCAAGAGAAAGGUCGACGCAAAGCCUAUGGCUAGGGCCACGAUUAAGCUUCCUCAGCCGGAAGCUGGCAUAGCACGAAAUGUAGACAUUAUUGUUCUGAGCGAUGCAUACGUGGGAAUGGAACACCGUGUUAUAAACGUGGACAUUCCGGCGCCGCCGUCUGUUGAUGACGACGUAGCUUCCAAGAAAGCAGCAGGUGGACAAUAAAUACUAUGAAAUAGGACCUUUGGAUAAAGAAGCUUCCAGUUGAUAUUAAAUUAGUUACAAGAAAAGA